AUGAGCGUCCUGGAGAGGAGACGCGAGCUUGCGCGAGAGCGCGAGGAUCGGUUGAGAGCCGAGGAGGAGGAUUCCCGGCGAAGAGCCCGGGAGCUGCGCCACAUGAAGAAGUCGGCGGUGGCCAGGGACACCAAGGCGCUCGGGGCGUCGACGAACGACCUCAGGCUGCAGAAGGAGGCGGAGAGGGCGGAGAAGCAGCGUGCGGACAAGCAGGUCCAGCGGCAGCGCGUGGCGGAGCUGAAGCGGCUCAAGGAGAGGGCAUCCAGCGGGAGGGACAUGAAGGCGCUGGACGACGAGACGGAGUGGCAGAGGCAGCAGAAGCAGGCGGAGCUCGAGGAGAAGCGGCGACGGAAGGAGGCCGAGCACAGGCGGAGGGUCGCGGAUUUGAGGAAAUUGACCGGAGUGUCCGCCGGAAGGGACGCCAAGGCGCUGGACGACGACGUCGAGGCACAGCGGGUGAGGAAGCAGCGGGAGAUCGAGGAGAGGAAGUGGCAGAAAGAGGCGGAGAACAAGGCCCGGGCGUCCGAGCUGAGGCGGCUCAAGGAGCGGGCGUCCAGCGGUAGGGAUGAAAAAGCGCUCGACUGGGAGAUAGAGCGGCUGCGGGCGGAGAAGGAGAGGGAAGUGAAGAUGAAUGUACGGGAGAGGGAGGAGAUGGAGAAGAGGAGGUGGGGUGAGAUCAGGAGGAUGAAGAGCCGCGCGACGAAGGCCGUGAGCAACGAGGACGAGACCGCGGAGGCGCGGGCGGCCCUUGAGAGGGAGAAGGCGGAGAAGAAGCGGAGAGAUGAUGAGGCCAGGGCCGCCGGCACGCGGGCGCUCAAGGAGAAGGUCAGGCGGGCGCGGGGGCGGGACGCCAAGGCGCUGGACCAGGAGACCGAGAUGCUGAGGGCGGAGAAGGAGAGGGAGGUGGAGCACAACAAGUGGGAGCGGGAGGAGCUGGAGCGCCGGCGCCGGGAGGAGAUAAACGACAUAAAGCGGCGCGCCGUGAAGGCCGUGGUCAACGAAGACGGGACGGAGCAGGCGCGGGCGGCGCUGGAGCGGGAGCGAGCAGAGAGGAAGCGGAGGGAGGAUGAGGAGCGGCACGCGGCGACCAUGCAGCUGCGAGACAAGGUGAACCGGGCGCGGGGGCGCGACGCCAAGGCCCUGGACGACGAGAUCGAGCGGCUGCGGCUGGUCAAGGAGCGCCAGGUCGAGCGCAACAAGCGGGAGAGGGAGGAGAUGGAGCGCCGGCGGAGGUCCGAGAUCCAGUCGAUCAAGACCAACGCCGCCAAGGCCGUGGUGAACGAGGAUGAAACUGAGGGCCCGCGGGCCGAGAAGGAGCACGAGCGGCUCGAGCGCAAACGGCGCGAGGAUGAGGCCAGGAAGGCCGGGACGAAGAUGCUUAAGGAGCGCGUGGCUAGGGCGCGGGGGAAGGACGAAAAGGCGCUGGCCGACGAGAUAGAACGCCUGCGCGUGGAGAAGGAGAGGGAGGUGGCGCGGCGCAAGGCAGAGCGCAAGCAGGAGGAGAGGCGCAGGUGGGCGGAGAUCAAGUCGAUCAAGGCCAACGCUACCAAGGCCGUGGAGAACAGGUUGUGGUAG